UUUUUUUUUUUUGUGUAUUGUUUCUAUUUGUAUGUGAUGUCCCUAAAUUCUGACGUCAGGGUCUUUGAUGAUCCCAAUGAUGCCAGGAUCCACAUGGCAGCAUUGAUUAGUGAUGCUUAUCUCCAUGAUGCCAGGGCUGCCAUGGCCAAGAAAAACCCUGCCUUUCCCCAAAGAAAAAUGAGAAAAAGCAGGAAGAGAUCCCUCACUAAUCCACUGGUCACAGGCAGGCGUGAGAAACGUCGGGAAACACACUGCUCUGCAUCAGCUGCUUCUCAAUCCAGAAGAAGGGAUCCAGUGCAUGAGGAAGGCCUUCAGAUAGAAGAUCAAGAGUUGGCAAGUCUUGAAACAAGACUCCAAGAGUUAAGGGACACUAUAACUGCAGACCAGGUUCCGGAGGGAACAGACAGAAUGGUUUCUGCUUGGGAACAAAGGCAGCUUCUCACAGAUGUGAGAAUGAAAACUGCUAGGCCUAUGCUUUUUGAUGCAAAGCUCUCAGCCGAGAGAGUAUCCGUCCAAAAUUGUCACAGAUGCUGUGCUGUAGAAGCUGUGAUUAGGUGCCUGGACUGUGUACCACUGGACAUGGAGUACCUCUGUGCUACCUGUGACAUGGAGGCCCACAAGAGAAAUAUCUUCCAUGACAGAGAGGCUGUGUUCCAUGGAUUUCUUGAGCCCAUUCCCCCUACAACUGCUGUGGUGCUGAAUGAAAAUGGCCAGCCUCAGUUUUGUGAACAAAUAUGUCAACUGCCUGUUCCUGCACCAAGGUCAAUUUGUGAAUGCACACAUGACUUCACAAUCACUCCAGGGAAGCAUAUUUCUGUGGUCACCAUCAAUGGACGAUACGAUGUCUGCUUGCCUCGGAAAUCCUGUUCAUCAUGCUCUGCAGAGUGGACUCCCGAGUUGAAAGACCUGCUCAUUUAUCGGUACUGGCCAGCUAGCACCAGCUGCCAGACCCUGUACAAGUUUGAUGUCUUCACCUCGUUUGAACAUAUGAAGGUGACGGCACCAGCCAUGUCCAGGCAGGCCUUCCUGAAAAUGUUGGAGCACAGAUCUGUUCAAGCUGGAAGGACAGGUAGUAUCUGUGCUGAUACAUUUCAGCGAAGCUUUUUUGAGUUUACCUUCUGUCAAUACAAAGAAGAGGAUAUGUGCCAGGUCCAUCAUUUUGAGUGUCCAGCAUGUUAUCCAGACAUGUUGGCUGUCUGCUCUGAUGGGAACCGAAAACAUUACCGCUUCAGCAAGUCAAAAGGGCCAGGUUUUUGGUUUUUCCCUUGAAUUCUCUCUUCUGGAUAGAAGAUGGCGAGCCACCCAGCUUGAAUUUGGUGAUCUUCAAUUGAUUUGUGCGAAGUGCCUUUGAAUCCAGCACUUUGGUAGGACUGUACAAUCACAACCUAUGGAUCUCUCCUUCUAGAACUUUGCUUGAUAUUGAACCUAAAGGAACUUUACUUCCUGUGAAUUUGAACACUAAUCUUAGCUCAGCAACGUGAACUGAAUGGACAGAACUGGUGAUCUUUAAUUCAUCAAGUAAUACACAUACACUGAUAACGCACACACACAUUUGUUGUUGUAUUUUUUAUUGUUGUUUAAAUAAUACAAUUUAUCAUUCUGUAUACAAGUUAUUGUAUACAAUACAAUAACUGA